AUGGAGAGAAUACCGCGAGUUCUACUCAGCAUAGCAUUAGCUGCGCUCUUGCCAAUAGCUUCACCAAAUAGCAGCGAAGAGCAAGCCAAAGAAGAUAUCCCUCAUUCGAGACAGAAGAGAAUAUUAUGGAUCACGAACGAUGGCCGUCUAGCCUUACCCCCCGGGACGACGAUGGCAAUUACUCCUUCGAUUUCUAUGCCUUUCGUGCGGCAUCCGCCGAAGGGUUUCCUUUCGAACAUGACAAUAAGUUUUCCAUUUACAAUUGACUUCGAUAAAUUGGGUUUAACUGAUAACGAAAAUCCGUAUGGUGACUUGCCGCCAAUAUUUGCAAGAUCCAUGGGAAAUACUGCAGCGUCGUUGAUGGCGGACUAUGUUGGGCAAUAUCUGGAGCACAGACGCGGUAAACGGUCGACGGACAAAAAAAUACCGCCAGAAGCCGAGAAGCUUGUUCUCGAUAGAUUCCACGGUGGGGAACGGGCACUUAUGUACGGGAUUGCUGAAGAUCUUUUAGCCAAUUUUGGCAUGGACGGUAGAGAGUGUCUCCUACGCGCCAUUUGCGAAGUGCAUGCGCAUCCAUUACAGAACUUUGGGUUUCUUGGUGAAGUUAUGAAACUGUUCUUUAGUCCGAGCAAAUCUCCGUAUGCUGGCCUGAUGGAUGAAUAUGUCAAGGCCCAGAAGGCUGGAGAAUCGGGAGCGGACUUGCUGGUGGAACGAAGUGUGCAAAGAGGAAUUCCAGACGUUAUUCAGAUGCAAAUGCCCGUCGUGGUCCUACUGCAGAAGUCCCGGGAGGUACUACAAUGCAGUUUGCUCUAUAACCGAAACUGGAUACAUCUGGGACCAGCCCAAUUCUCAGUGGAGAGGCCAAUAACCCACCAGCUUCUUCCACUCAAUACAUGUGCUGAUGAGGAGUACCACCUGAGACUGAUACAGUAG